UCACUCUCGUCCGACGCCGACGUUACCUCGCGUACCCACAAUGGCUAAACUACUACUGCUGACCUGGACUCUCGCCCUCUUCGUGGCCACGUGCGUCCGAGCCACCCGGGUGUAUGCGGUGGGCCAACAGACCAGGGAGAUCUUCACCAUGCCCGAAUCGGCGCAGAACUGGCAGACCAACUUGCACGCCGGAUACUCCGCCGGAAGCUCGGGACAGAACUACGCCUACGUGCCCGGAGAAGGCACUUCCGGUUACUCUUCUCGUUACGGCCAAGGCGGGAACUCGGCCCACGUCAGGUUCGUCUGGGGAGAACCCGGAUCUUCGGCCACCUCCGGCAACGACUACGCGCAGAACGGCAAGUACGCCUCCGCCGCCGUCUCUCCCUUCGGACAGGUGGCCGGAUACGCCUCCCCCGGGACGGAGUAUUCUCCUCCUUCCGGUAAAUACUCGGCCGGAACCGCGGCCGUCUCCGAUUACGGACAACCCGACACCAAGUACGGAUCUUCCGGAAGUUCCUCUUCCGAGUACUCUCCGCCCUCCAAGUACGAAGGCUCUUCCGCUUCCUCUUCCGAAUAUCAACAACCCGGAAGUAAAUUUCCCGCUUCCGCUCUGUCCUCCAACUCCGACUACUCUCACCUGAGCAAAUACGCCGUGGUGCCCGGGCCCGCUUCUUAUUCUCGACAGGCCGGAAAGGGAGGGGGUUACGCCGCCGAAAACACCCAGGGAGCGGCGGUCUCGCCCUAUUCACAGAGCGAAGGAAGCAGCGGAUACAGUAACUCCUACUCUCCGUCUCGACUUACCUACUCCGAGGGGGGAGAACGAAGCGGAAGUAAUUACGAACAAGAGGGCAAUUCUCAAGUGGCCUACGCUCAACCCGGACAGAUCCGGACUCCCUACUCGUCCGCCGCCGCUUCCGGCGAAGAAUCGCACUCGGGUCGGCACUCGACGGCCGAGCUCAACCCCCAGGAAUCGGGUAGAUCCACGCAUUCCGGACCCACUUCCGGCGCGCACGGAGGUUGGUGGGACGGAUGGAUGAAGGGGUGGUACGACGGAUACAAGUACGGAGGAGGCAAAGGAUUCCCCAACAAAGGAUGAGAGAACCGGAAUCGAUGUCCGCCCGUCUUUUUGUAAAUAGUCAACUCCGUUUCGAGGCCAAAACUGUCGGUCUUUUAUGUACAGUCUUCUUUAUUGUAUCCAAUAUACUCGCUCGACUUUAAUAAAAUUUCGCGA